AUGAGCAUGCACCCGUCGCGGCAGGCGUACGUGGAGGAGGGCGCAGAGGAUGUGCCUAUGGAGGGAAUCGAUCUGGCCAAUGUACCCAUCGACCGAAACCACUUCAUGCCAUCGGACACACCUGGCGGCGGGAACGAGCGAGCAUCAGACAUUCUGGGCCAGUUCGAGCGCAAGAAGCGAGCGCAGCAAAUUCUCGUCCCAACCGCCGAUCGCGACAUCAAACUCAAACUCCGCUCCCUGGGCGAGCCUAUCACCCUCUUUGGCGAAGGCUCUUCAGAGCGCCGCGACCGACUACGCGCUAUCUUGUUUGAGCAGCUGGAAGCUGGAGGCGAAGAUGUGGACAUCCAGAUGCAGGAGGCGGAUGAGGCGCCGGGCGAGGGCGAUGAGGAGUUCUACACACAGGGUACUGCGCUACUGCUGGACGUACGCAGAGACAUGGCCAAAUACUCGCUACAGCGCGCAAAGGACCGAGUUGCCUUCCAGCGACGGGAGUCAACCAUACCACUCAAGACGCACAUUGACUUUCGCAAUAAGAUCAAGGACCGUUUGAAAGGAUUCGAACUCUACGGAUCGCAGACGUCGGAUCGACCAGUCAGCAUCGUGCGAUUCUCGCCCAACGGUCAAUAUGUCGCCUAUGGAAAUUGGGGAGGGCAGGUUCGGCUACUUGAGGUGCCCAGCUUGGACCAAAAGAAAGCGUACCGGGGCGGUCAUACCGAGCGAACUACAGGUAUCGAUUGGGUGCCAGGUGCUACGCUGCCUGGCUCGGUCGUUUCCUCGUCAAGCGCCAAUUUUGCGUCUGGUGGAGCAGGCGGAAAGGUCCAACUCUGGUCGCUCGACGAUGACAAGCCAUUACGAACCCUGGAAGGCCAUGCCGACCGAGUGUGUCGAGUAGCAUUCCACCCGUCUGGACGCUAUCUUGCAUCCGCCUCCGACGACACUACCUGGCGCCUUUGGGACGUGAACACCGGCCAGGAAGUACUCAUCCAGGAGGGUCAUUCAAAGGAAGUCUACACCGUCAGUUUCAAUCAGGACGGAUCACUCGUGGCAAGCGGUGGUCUGGACAGCAUUGGGCGGGUAUGGGAUGUUCGAAGCGGGCGCGUCAUCUUCUUGAUGGAAAGCCACAUCAAGCCCAUCUACGGUCUUGACUGGAGCACCGAUGGGCAUCGACUUUUGUCAGGUUCAGGAGACGGUUUUAUGAGGUGCUGGGAUGUACGAGCCAUGCGAGAAACAAAUGCCAUUGCCGCAAAUACCGGGGGUGUUACGGAUCUUCGAUGGUAUAAGGGCACUGACGGUCCUUUGGACGGUGUCCCAUUACAAGACAACGGAGAUGGAGAGCUGGUGCCGAAGAAAGCUUCUACCUUUGUCAUCUCCUCAGGAUUCGACAAGAACAUUCAGAUCUUUUCAGCCGACGACUGGGCGCAUUGCAGGACACUGCAAGGCCAUUCGCAGGCGGUAUUCAGCACCGACGUCACCAGCAACGCGGACUGGAUCGUCAGCGGCGGGAAAGACCGCACGGUGAAGUUGUGGGCGAGAGAUGACAACGAAGGAAUAUGA